UCAGCCCGCAGCCGUCUGUGGUUCAUCGCUACGUGUUGUCGUCAUCGUCAUCGUCGUCGUCGUCGUUGCACCGUCAUCGUCCGUGUAUCGUUCCCGCGGGUACGCGCACAGGGUGCCCCGGUCGACACGCUCAUCGCCCCGCGAGCAACGUCGCGCGCCGCCAUGGAUCACAUCGGCCUGCUGCUGCAGCACUCGCAAUACGUAUACGCGAUCCCCGUGGGUAUCGUGCUGGUAUGCGCCAUUCUCGUGUUCGCCUUCGGCUUCAAGAAGGCGGAGCAGCCGCCGUUCGCGCAGCUUUCCGCGAGCUCCGACGUGGACCGGAAGCUCGGCAAGAAGCGCGGCAAGGUCCGCGAGAAGAAAGCUGCUAAUGGACAAGUUGCAUCUGAGAAAACAAGCCCAGCUAAAAAGACAUUGGCAACGAAAGCCGAAGCUCCUAAGAAGGCUACCAAAGAAGAUGAUGUUGACGGGAAGUUGAAAGAGCGUAAACAAGAAGACAACAAGAUUGUCGCUACUAAGAAAGAAAAGGAGCAGCUGUCGACUAAGGCUGGGAAAGAGAAUAAAGUGGAGCAGGCAAAGAACAAAAAGAAUUUGAAGAAUUUAUUCCAGGAAAAACCAGUGGACUUUGACGAUGGAGAUUGGGAGCAAGCUUAUUCUCGCAAGGAUAAGAAGAACAAGAAAAAGGAGGAAGAAUCUCCUUCGAAGAAAAAUAAGAAGACUUCUAAGAAGGCUGAUUUAAUAAACGAAGCCAAGCAGAAAGAACAAGACAAACCCGAGGUCAAGGAUAAAAUAGCUAAGGAAACCGAAAAUAAGGAGCUCAAAGAGAAGGAGAAGAAAGAAGUGAUUCUUACAUCUAUCUCUGAUGAGGAGAUAGGUAAAGCCAAGGAGCCGCAGAAGGAAGAGGAAAGCAAGAUUGAGAAGGUCGAGAAGGAAGAGAAGAAAUCUGGAAAAUCGAAAAAGAAUAAGAAAACUGUUGAAGACGAGAGUACACCCGUUUCGGUACCAUCUACACCAAAGACAGAUAAUAAGCCUGUUGCGGAAGAGGAGCAGAAAAAGCCGCUCGAUGUGGAAAAAAUAGACAACGAUGUAGAGGAAAAUGAAGCGGUAGAAAGUAAAGAGAAAACCGCCGUGUUCGACGAGUUAGGAGAUGUCUGGACAGAAGCAAAGCCUCAGAAGAAGAGUAAAAAGAAGGCUCGUAAAGAUAACUGAGGACAAUUAUGUGUAACGCUAAUGAUAUUCCUUCUUUCGAAAAGGAAGAGUGAGAAUUUCUGCUCGGUCCAAAGGGCGUUUGUCGCUUUCGACAAAUCAGGUGUGUUUUAAAUGAUUUGUUAAUUGCCACCUGACCAAAUCGUUCCUUCCCCUUUAUACAUAAUACCAAUCAAGCUUAGGUUGUUGUUCAAUUAUGAUUUUUUAGUUGUCAUGAUUUUGAGAUCGCGUGAGAACGUCACGUGUAGAACGAAAAUUUUUUUUCGUAUGUUUUUCAUUUCUUAUAGUCCACUAUUUUGCAUUUAAUAAGAGUGGCAUAAGUCAUAAUUUUCACAUUUAUCAGGCAAUUCUUGUACACAUACAUUAGGUUUCUUAGGUACCUUUACACAUGUCUAUAAUAGGAUAUUGUUUUAUUUGUAUAAUUAGAAUAUGUAUAGUGGAUUUGUAUCAUAAAGUUUUGUAAUAGAGUUAUUGAAUGGUACUUAUGCCAUUUACACACACACACACACACACAUUUUGUGUUUUUAUGGAUUAAUAAUCUUACGAAGAAUAUUUUGUAUACUAUUCCAUACUAUUCCUACAUUAAGAAUAACAAUUCUCUGCGUGUAUUGUAUAUCGUUAGUUAAACGCCGGUUUUCAUUGACAUCUCACAUUACAUUGUAUGUGUAUGAACGGUUGAAAGGCAAAAACAUCAAGAGACACGGCAGUGUCUCGCGCCAAGUACACGCGGAGCGAGACCGACCGUGAUAGAAAGUACGUCUCACGGUAAUAUUCAUAAUGCAGGACAAUCUUUGGAAGCGGCAAACUUAUAUUGUUGAUGUGUAGAAUGGGUCUUAAUAAAAUUAUAUUUUUCUACACGAUUAGUCGCGCUCAGUGACUGAUUAUUUUCUGCUUCAAAUGCUCGAAAAUCUAUUUUCUAAUAAUUAAUGCAUUCCCAUUUAGAUACAUCAAUAAUAUAAGUUUUAUGGAAGGAUAACGUUACGUAAAUUCAUGGCAAUUAGUCAUAUAAAUGUGAUAACAAUGAUGAUUAACUUAAAUAGAUCUUGAUAAUAGAAAUCAAGUUCUUUUCUGUGAAAACGUUAUACAAUUAUUUUUCGAGUCUUUGUGUGCAAUAAAGUUGAAUAUGCACGUGUAUCGCAGAGAGUUGAAGCGACAGGUAAAGAUAUUACGAGCAGUAUCGAUUUGUAUUUAAAAAAAAGCGAAAAUAUCAAAUUAUUUGAUACUUUAACAAUAAUUAUAAAUUGCAAUCAGUUUUCUACUUAUAAUAAAAUAAGUAAUUUAUGACAAAAUAAGUUACAAUUUAUGACGAGAAGCAUAAAAUUAACAGUUGUGGAAAAUUUGUGUAUUCGUGAAGCUUCAAGAGUGACUCAAUACUGUUCGUAAUGAUCCAACCAAUUAGUUUAAUGGGCUAGUUAGCUGAGUACUUACAUUCACGCGGAGAGAAAACCGAACAAGUGGAGUCUGGAGGGACGGCCACGGCUUUCGAAUUGCGAGGAAGAAAUUAGCAUAUUUUUCUAAGUAUUGUUCCAAAUCGCCACAUCGUCUACAUCGCACGGCAUUCGCGACGAGUCGCAGUCGAGUUUGGCGAAACGCGCCGAACGUAUACCGCGUAUUCCGCGAAUACUACGUUUGUGCACAUUCGACAUGUAUUCGCGACAGAUGUGUGGAACGUCUGUUAUCGCGAGGUUCUGCGAUAGAGAUUCGAGCGAUACUCUUUCCCACGUGGUAGGAUACGACGAAGAUUUUCGCAUGAAAAUCGACUAAAUAGAAACGAGAGAGCGCGAGAUGGGGGAGGUGAACUGACUAUAAAAUCGAGGAAGUAUUAUAUUGCCACUGUACAUAUGUUUAUAUUAACGAGCAAUGUUCUUCUUAUUAAAUGUAUAUGUGCAAUGUUGCGUUGUACGGUUCACCGAUACGGUCUCUGUGGCGGCAGGGAUCCUUGAUUUUAGGGAUAUUUUUCCAAAGAAUCGAUCAGCGUCCGACAAUACUGUGUAUGAUCUAUUUAUUCUGAAAAUGGCACGAGUUAAAUUUCACGACACACAAUAGAUUUGAACAGGCGGGAAAAAGCUUGGUGCACAAUUGUAUAAUUUUGUAAAAAAGAUUCUCGGAUUUAACUCGUCUCAUUUUCCAAAUGGACAGCACAAUACGCUCUCAUUAUAGAUCCUAUAAUGUGCCGUGCAUUUUUCAUCAUACCGAUCUCUCGGUAUGGUCCACGUAGCAUUCUGCAAAUGUACCUCUCCAGUUCGUGCAUCGAAAUAACGAUAGCGCAAUUACGAUGGCCUACUUUGGACGCGUGACUCGAUAUAGCUACAGUUUUGCGACUGUACGGCACACACGAGGACUCUGAUCGCAUUCGAAAUAUCGACUGUAACAUAAAGAUAAGAUAAGCAGAGAAAAAGAGAGAGAAAGAGUAAAUAAAAGCGCGACACGACAGUGUCGAAUAUAUAUUAUAUACAUAUGACAUAGAGUUACGCAUAUAAUUUAUUUUAUUCACCGAAGAGUUGCUGCGACCACAACAGCAUGUGACAAAUUAAUAAUAAAUCCACGAUAUAUAAUAAAUAUUAUAUAUACAAUAUAAAAAAAAAACAUACGUUGUGUAAAAUACGUGUGUUUCGAUUAACUUAAAUCUUAUCGUUAGCUUAUGUAUGUGAGCGUUAGCACUAAGGUAAAACCAAGGAAAUGUGACACAAACGAAAUAUUUGCGUACGGAACUAAUGGGAGGAGAUAUAAUAUCGACGAGAAAUAUUCUGUUUCUGAAUCGCACGUGAUUAUGCGCUUCUCUCUCUUCUGGAAAUUAGAAUAUAUAUUAUUGAGAUAUAUUCUAUAUAUAUAUAUAUUUGUGUGAGAUCUAAAAGAUAUAUAUAUAUUUAUUAACUUCAGCUACAGCCACGUGGACUUGAUUUACAAAGAUAUAUAUAAAUAUAUAUUUUCGCAUUCUUGCUCGGCGAACAGAACAUUUCUCGCGAAAAUAUGAUUUUUGGUUGUGAUAUUUAUGGAAAAAUGUACGAAUAGCAGGAUGAGUUUCAAGGCAAAUUAGAGAAAGACGGAAGGAGAAGGAGAAAGAGAGAAAGAGAAGAGAGACAAACUGAAUAAAAGUUAUAUUUUUUCAGCA